ACCUCUUCGCCCUCAGCAGCAGCUCUGUGGGAAACACUGUGGGAAUGCGCCUUUUUGUCCUCUGACAUCUUCAAACUGUGCAAGUCGGACGGGUCGUUCAUUCGAAAAAACUUCCCGGACCAAUCGGUGUGCAGCUCUGGUGCAGAGGCUCCUCCCCCUUUCCUCCCCGCUGCCUGCUCCCACAUGUAACGCUAUCACCCCUCUGCCCGUCUGUUGCAUUGUCUCGUUGGGGACGCGGCGUACGGAGCGCGGCACCAUGGCGACUCCAGCGGACCGGGGAGCCUCGGAGUGACAUAGGCAAAUUAAAAAAAAAAAAAAAAGAAGGGACGGUGUCAACAGGAAAUUAAGCCCGGGAUCAUCUGAGGCAUGGCCAGCUGAUGCGCCUUCGUUGUGCCGCUGGAUUCAUUAAUUCUAGUCUUGUGCCAGUCCGCAGGGCUGCGUGCGCGUCGCUCUCGGCUGCAUGGCACGUUUGAGAUGGUGAAGAUUAUGUGUGCUUUACUGCGUUAAUUCACAGGGCUGCUAUGUCGCUAUCGCUCGUCCGGACCCGCGUUGCUCUGCCUGGAGCAGGAGCUUAGCCCGUUCGUCCCUCUCAUCCACUGCACGGCGACUGAGCGGCGGUCAGCGGUGCGCCCCGGUUCCGCCCGCCGCCGUCACCCCCGCCAGGAGGAGGAUGGCCGGCCGCCGCGGCUGCGUGAACUCGCUCUGGUCGGGCACCGAGCGCGUCCGCAUCGGGGAGCGCCUCAAAGCGACGCUGGCCGGGGUGCUGGAGCUGGAGGUGCUCAGGUGCAAACACCUGGCGAUGGUGGACACAGCUCUGGAGGACCGAGCCACCGCCGAGGAGGCUCCACAGGCUGCGGAGGAGGUGGACGAGGAGGUGGACGAGGAGGAGGAGGAGGAGGAGGGGAGCGGAACCCCGGAGAACGCCGCCUCGGAUGGCUCUGCGACAUCCCGCAGGCAACAGGCUCCGUCCCCGUCAGAUAUAGUGGUAUCACACUGUCAGACCAGCCCAGAGGACUGUGGUAGUAGUUCAGGGGAUGGGACAGUCCACUCCUCAUCUGUCAGGGGGAGUAACUCACGCUGGUCUACUCUGUCCUGGGACGCCCCAUCUGACCUGCUCUCCCCCCCAACACCAGAUCCCGGUGGUACAGUCCAUCUGGACAGUGACUCCCGACCUAGUUCAGGUUUCUAUUCAGUGAGUGGGAGCUCUCUCUCGGACUCUUGCUACUCUGUGUCCAGUGAUGCUGUUCAGGGUGGAUCAGCGCUACAAGCCAGACCCCUGAAGCUGUGGGAGCAGGUUCCUCUGUCAGCUGACCACACUGACAUCCUGUGGUCAGAAGGUGCAGUGCAGCAGCAGCAGCAGCAGCAGCAGCCUGCACUGCAGAGCAGACAGGAAGAUGGUGAACCAACAGACGGGACACCAGUGUCAGUCCAAAGUGACCUUGAAGCAAAUGGUCUGAGCUUUCUGUCUGACCUCUGCUCAGGACUUGGUGAAUCUCUGAUUACUUCCCUCCUCCCACUUCUCGACCAAACUUCUUCUUCUUCGCACUCCUCCAUCCAUCCAAAACCCCAGCUGGACCCUCGCUACUGCACAGACCUGGUGUCCCGUCGGACCAAAGAGGUGUACCCCUACCCCAGCCCGCUGCAUGCCGUUGCCCUCCAGAGCCCCCUCUUUACCUCCCAGAGCCAGGAACACUCAGCCUCUCCGAGCCCUGAAGGACCCCAACUAGAUGACCAGCAAGAGUCCAACACUGAUCCACUUUUUCCUGUCCAGCCUCAACAGCCCCCCACCCCAGCUUCCGUCACCCAGCUCGAGCAGUACAUCUCUCGACUGGCUCGCCAGUAUCACAGUCGAGUGACCUCCUCCACCUCUGAUCUCACUUCAGCUGCCACACCUGGUCCAGUCACACGCAGAGGCCUUUGUACCCCAGGCAAAAGUCAUGGUUCCACCCAGUCCCUUUCUGCCUUUGAAAGCCGCAAUGCACUUAGUGUCACUCCCUGCAAGUCACUGCUGGGAAACUCUGCCAGAGUCAGCCUCAGCACUACUGGGAAAAAAGCCACUCGGAAUUCGAUCAACCUGGGGAACCUUCCUUCAGCAACCGGAGAGGACUUGAACAUAAAUCUGCAUCUCAACCUCAACUUGAAUCUGACUCCUGGGGUAAACUCUAGCCAGGGUUUAGUGGACAAUCCCAAAAACGCCAGUUGUGGAGCUUUGAGGAGCGACUUUGCUCCAGCUUCCACGGCCUCUGCUACAUCCCUCUCCACUGCUACACCCACCCCAGCAGUUAGGACUCGCCCUCGCAUUUCAACAUGUCCUACUAGCCUGAGCCACCGCAGUUCCCUGGAAGUCACCUCAGGGUCUGGACCCAGUCCAGGAUUUGGGUCAUCUGCCUUCUGUCGCUCAUUAGACUGGAGUAGUGGUGCUCCACCUGAGACUGGACCAUCAGUGUUUGGUACAAACUGUGGGUCAGCUCCUGGGUCUCAGCGCAGCAGCCUGAUCCAAGAGUCCAGCUCUAGUCCCAAGCUAAGCGAAGACUCCCCAAUGGUAGGGGAGAUCUCCCGCCUCUCCGGCCUCUCUAGGGCUGUUGUGGUCGGACUGAUGGAACAAGGUGUGGAACUGGAUAUUGACUGCUUCCAGACAGAUAGUGCAGGUGAGGUGAGAGGUCAUACUAAAACUCACCUGACAACCCAGACUGAUCAGUCACAUGACUGUACUCGACUGACCGAUCUGAAUCCCCAGAGACCAAUACAGCUGUCACUCAGUGUCACCCAUUCUCCACAGUCUCAGUCCAGCCUCACCCCUCCUCUCUCACACUCCAGCAGCCCCAUACACCCCUAUCAGUCCAUCCACAUUCCUUCUCCCCACUACUCCUCACACUACCAUUACCAGCAGAUCCCUUCCCCAUCUGACCUCCCUUCCUCCACGGCCUCCUCCCCUGCCUCCCGCCCCACCCCCAGGGGCCGUUCCCCUCCUCGGCCUCUGCAGCCAUCCCCUCUGGGUGCCACCCCACUCUCUGUUUUCCGACGGGAUGCCCCUUUCCAAUGCUCACUGCCUCGCACCACUACAAGGAGCUCUCCUCUGGAGCAUGGUGGUAUCCAACCAAGGGGUGGGUCACUUCGGCAAAGUGGGGGCGGAAAUGGGGGAUGGAAGAGGACAGAGGGGGAGGGGCUUUAUAGAGGAAAGCACGCCUCCCACAAGUUGGUAAGGGCAGCCACAGUAAGCAGCUAUGCCAAGAGAGAGGACUACGGCUCAGAUUGGUGUGAGGAGCAGGAUCGAUCAGCAGCCCAGACACCCCGGAAGACCAACAAACGAUGGAGGGGCUUUGAAGGGCGCUUCUGGGGGAAAGAGUCUGAAAGUGAAAAGGAGGAGAUGGACAGAGCUGAGUAUGGCUACGGUUGGAGGAGGAACAGCAUUGGAAGCUGGAGGAGGGAGCAUCGAAGGUUGAAGUCUUCAUCCAGCAGCAGUGACAAGAAACCAAAAGUAGAGAACUCCCCCAUCUUCUCAAAGAAGAGGGGCAAGGAAGAAGGGGAGAGACGCAGUUCGAGCCUAAGGCUUUCCAGAAGGGCCUUGUUCAGGAGUGAGUCCCAAGGCUUGCUGGUGCCUCGUACCAACAGCGAGGAGCCCUCAAAGCGGGCACACUGGGUCUCCUCAUUAGAUGUAGGGCAAGGUGGCAUGUACAUCAGCAAAGAGGAAGGGGUCAGACUGCUGAGAGCAAAGGAGGAAGACAAGCGGCUGUCCUCCACUGCAAGCCUCUUUAACCUCUCUCGUUCUCAGAGCCUGGAGGGCAGCUGCCAUUCCCUCUCCCCUCUCUCCUCCCCUUCCUUUUCUCCAUCCCCUCCUCCACGGAUGCCCCUCCAGCGCUCUCGAUCACUGAGGGACUUGGGGAGGAGAGUGUUUGGCUCCAUGAGGUCCCUGAGUCUCAAGCGGAAGCCAUCCAAAAAGUGACACUUGUACAAUAAAAGACCAUCAGACUUAAA